UAGUGGCAGUAUGGAUGAUGAAUUUUAAAUCAAAAUGUACAAGCAUAAUAUGCAAGACUUUACCAAGUGGUAGAGGUGUAUGGAGUUUGGAAGCAAACAAAUUCUGAAUAAAUUUGACAAGUGCCACGUUCUGGUUUGGAGAAAUUUAUGGAGAAUUUCUAAAUUGACAACCAAGUGUUCAAAAGCAUUGUCACAUCAAAUUGAUUCUCAAUUGUAUUAUAGUGUUAUUUGUAAUGAGUGUAUGAUCUUUACCGUAAAUCCUGUGCUACAUAAACCAAACUGUUUUAAGAAAAAGAAGUGCAAAUUCAAAUAUUUAAAACAUUACACAUCGGUCAGUGAACUUUUACAUUAUUGUGUCAAAUUCAAAUCCUUUAGCAAAGGAAAGAAACUAAGAAAUCCAGCUAUAAGAUCAUUAAAGGUUUUAUCGAUCAGACAUUGUAGUUGGCUUGUAAAUUCUGUGUAUCACAGACAGCAUUGCAGUUUGGAAACGAUUCAAAAAUAUCGGUUUCUUUUACCAUUGUGUGAUAGAAGGGAAAAUAUUGGAAAUUUUAGAGUGAGCUGAUUUUGUGAGUGAAUAAUGGAGCUAUCAUUAGUAUCUCCUGGUGCCAGUAUUUUUACUGCGGAGCUGCCGCAAUUUGUUCAUAAACUGACGGAUAAAUAUGUUUGUCCUGUGUGUGAGCUUGUGUUACGGAACGCCAUGCAGCUGCCGUGUGGACAUCAGAUAUGUGAACCCUGUAUUGAUACGCUUUUUGGAGAAAGUGAUAAUGCAACCUGUCCUGUUAAAGAUGAUGAGUAUUGCGAACAGCCAUUUCCAAAAAAUCAGAUACAUAAGGAUAUGUGUACAAGGCGUGAAGUGAUGUCACUUCCAGUUUUUUGUGAGUACAGCAAAGAUGGCUGUAAGGAGACUCCCUUGUGGAAAAAUCUCAAGAAACAUAUUGAAGAAUGUGAAUAUAGACCAGUGGAGUGUAAUGAAUGUCAAGAAAAGACCCCUCUGAAUAAUCUGCCGAAUCAUAAAGAAAUGGAGUGCAGCUUCCGUGUGGUUGUAUGUGAUCAUUGCUCCCAAAACAUUCCUCACUGUCAGAUGCAGAGUCAUCUUGAUCAUGAUUGUACAGAGUAUCCGCUGAAAUGUCCUAAUGGCUGUGAAAACAUAACGCUACCCAGAAAUGAGAUGGAAAGUCAUCUUCAUUCCUGUCCCAAAAGAUCAAUUCCUUGUGGAUACAGAAGUAUAGGUUGUGAAUUCUUCGGAGUGAUUACAGAGGUGGAGAAGCAUCAGGUGAAGGCGACAGAUCAGCAUUUGAUGCUGGCACUGUCCUUCUCUGGUCAAACAAGCGACGAAAACAAAGCAUUACAUACAAAAAUUGAGGAAAGCAAAAUAGAAAUAGAAGAAUUGAAAUUAACUAUACAACAACUGCAUCAAGACAAUCAAAGGUUGAAAGAAGAAAUUACGCCUUUAGUAAAAUCUGUCACAAAAGACAUGAAAAAGAAAUUAGUAACAUUGACCGAAAGAUUGAUAAACUUGGAACGAAUGGUUGAACACCAGCCUAAGCGGGAAGUUUUGGAAAAACAGGAACAAGCAAUAAGUUCACUAAAGGAUGACAUUAAAGUUAGCCAGGAGCAAAUAACUCAGUUGGAGAGAGCAGGACCACAAGGUGGACGUUCUCAGGCAUUAGUACCUCAAGAUGUGAAGAAUCAGCUGAAGACAAACGAGAAGCAGAUGGCUAUACAAGACAUCAGACUUGCAGAACUAGACCUGAGAUUCCAAGUGCUGGAGACUGCCAGUUACGAUGGCAUUUUAAUGUGGAAGAUCAGGGACUAUUACAGGAGAAAACAAGAAGCCAAGAGUGGAAGAACACUCUCGCUGUACAGCCAGCCAUUUUACACCAGUCGCACGGGCUACAAAAUGUGCGCCAGAGUUUACUUGAACGGUGACGGUAUGGGUAAAGGGACUCACUUGUCUCUGUUCUUUGUGGUGAUGAGGGGUGAGUACGAUGCUCUCCUUCCCUGGCCCUUCCAACAGAAGGUGUCGCUGAUGCUCUUGGACCAGGAAACUUUCAGGAGACAUGUUUGUGACACGUUUCAGCCGGACACCACAAGCAGCAGUUUUAAACGGCCCACAACGGAGAUGAAUGUGGCAACUGGAUGCCCCCUGUUUAUUUCUCACAGUGUGCUAGAAACCAAGACAUAUCUGAAUGAUGACACAAUAUUCAUUAAGGUCAAAGUAGACUCAACUAACAUACCAGUUCCCUAGAGUAUUAGAGAGCUCUAAAAAAGCAUCAGUG